AUGAGCUCAUUGGCUGGCUCUUCGCAAGACGAACAAGAAGCUACAUGGAAUUCUUCUCAGGCGUUUUGGCCCGACUCGGAUGUGAGUUUUCUUCAUCACAUCUCAUACAUGGCGGGCAUCAGCACUGCUAGUUUGUUGGCAUUGACAAACAACAAGGCGAGACAGCAGGCCCACCGUAACAAGAAGAAGGCACUGCAGACUGAGAUCAACAGAUUAAGUGGGGCAGAUCCCAAUUCCAAUUUUGGUCAUACUUUGCGAGAUAGAAGUAUCGCAGAUCUUGAGGAGAGUCUACGGCAGCUUCAAGUAGCUCACAGUCAGAAUAGUACUCAAAUAGAAGGGAAUGGAGAUGCGAACAAUCAAGGCAUGGAACUGGACGACGACGGUGCCGCUAGCCAGAGAGCCGCGAUGUCACCCAGCGCCGGGAGUGAAUUCGGCAUCUGGACGAGCUUCCAGCAUGACUUGGACUUUAUGCUCCAGCAUGAGAGUACAGGAGAAGUUGCUUAUGAUCCUGAUGAGCUGCAAGGUUGGGGCUACGAAGACCAUGAUGACCCUUAUUACCCUUGA